AUGCCUCCAUCUGCUCCAUUCCAGUUCAGAGGAAGCUCCAACUAUCGUGGCUCGCGUCCUAAUCCGCGACACGAGUUCACUUUCCGGUACCAAAAACCCGCGACCUCGGACCGACCGUUAUUGUCAUCGAAGAGGGAAAGCACACCCGAGCGACUUCAGGGCGACACUGAGACUAAAUCUGAACUCAAAUUCGCUGCGCUUUCUACUUUGAGCGACAGUGAAGAGGCAGAAAUGGAAAUGUCUGAUGAUUCCAACACUGAGCGACCACGCAAGAAACGCGCGCUAGGCCUUGACGGGCCUCAAGACGUUGUUCCAGCUUCAGUUCCGAAAUGGUCGAAUCCCGAUCCGUACACUGCGCUACCUCCUCCGGCGGAAACUACAAACAAAAGGGUCGAUGUUGUCAAGCUGAUUCGCAAGGCGAGACUUGAGACUGCUCCAAAGACGGACGAAAUGGACGCGGUCAAACAAAACUCAGACUUCAUUUCUCUCGGCAUGGACUUAGAACCAGAAAUUCCUCAGAGCAACGCCCCCGAUAAUGCCCCCAAAGGACCAAAGGCCCAGGAAGUUCUGGAUCCCGCCAUUAAGAGUCGAAAGCGAACCCGCGACGAUGAGAUCAAAGGGUACUCCCGAAAGACCGGAAAGCCUGCCAGCAGAUUCAACCAAGAUGGUUCUGUUAUUGAUCAAUGGGAACCACUUUCCCCAGAGACAGGCACGCCUUGGUUCGAGGGUACCCCAACUGCCUUGCACAUAGGAACCCAACUGCACAAUGAGAUCCUCAGCUUCUAUCAUUGGGCCAAGCCACAGGAAUUCGAACAUAUCGUCCGUGCAGAUCUUGUCAAUCGGUUGGAGACUGCCUUCCAACAACGAUAUCGUAACGUUUCAAUCCGGGCCUUUGGUUCUUUUGCCUCGGGUCUUUAUCUACCCACGGCUGACAUUGAUUUGGUGCUGCUUUCUAACACAUUUGUGCGCACGGGAGUUCGAACAUUUGGAGAAAGGAAGGGCCAAAUCUACUCGUUUUCGGCUUUCCUCAAGAGCACAAAUCUUGCUGUUCCUAACUCGAUCGAAUGCAUUGCCGGGGCCCGGGUACCGAUUCUCAAAUACGUGGACAAGCUGACUGGAUUGCGUGUGGAUUUGUCUUUCGACAAUGACAGUGGCUUGAUCGCCAACGACACAUUCCAGAAAUGGAAAACCCAGUAUCCGAUGAUGCCGGUUAUUCUAGCCGUGAUUAAGCAGUUCUUGUUGAUCCGCGGCCUUAACGAAGUUCCAACUGGUGGACUAGGAGGGUUCUCUAUCACUUGCUUGGUCACAAGUAUUCUCCAGCAUAUGCCUCAGGGCCAUUUGCAGCCAAAUCUCGCAACAGUCCUGUUAGACUUUUUGAAUUUCUACGGGAAACAAUUUUGCUAUGAUAGGCUGGCAAUCCGGAUGGACCCUCCGGGCUAUUUCAACAAGGGCUAUCAUUUCGGCAAUCCCGAUCGUCUCACAAUCGAAGAUCCCAAUAACCGAGACAACGAUAUCUCAGGCGGGACGAAGGAAAUUGGUUUGAUCUUCCGAGCCUUUUCUAAUGCGCACACUGCCCUGAGGAAUCGCAUGGAAUAUCUCACACUAAUCCAAGGAUCGAAUAAGAGCAUUCUCGAAACCAUCAUUGCAGCGAACUUUGAUGAAUAUAUCGAGCAACGCUUUCAGCUCCGUCGGGUGUUCAUGACAGAAGAGAGGUUUGCUCGUUACAGGGAGGCUCCGCCUCCGCCUCCACCGCUGGAAUCCCUUCCUGUUAAUGAAGCACCUUCUCCCCCUCGUUCUGACGGACCCGGCUCUCCCAUGCCAGAGGCCCCAUCUCACAAGCGUGUCAAAAAGGCCAUAGGAAAGUCGAAGGGCACGAAAUCGGAGCCAGAGGAUGUCUCUUCUGAUGAAGCGCCCGGAUCCGAAGCGAAGUCCGCCAAGACUCGCAAGGGUGAGACAAGACGUCAGAUAUGUCAGGAGCGUGCUGCCAGGCUCAAGCGCCUGAGACCCGACCUCACGAACCUCCCCAACACUCUCAGCCUUCGCCAAGCUCGCCGCCAUGCAGGUUACGAGACCGAUGAGCAGAUGAAUGCGGACUUGGAUCGCAGAGAGCAGAAAAUUUUGGCCUCGGCAUAA